AUGGAACAAGAUGUUAUAAAUUUGAAAAACCAUACUACUCAAUAUAAAGUACUGAAAGAUGAAGAAAUAAAACAAAAAGCCCUGAAGACAUAUAUGGAUAGCGAUGAGUAUAAAAAAGAAGUUGAAGCAAAUGUAAAGGCAGAAAAACUUUUACAGUUGCAAAACCAAACCGUACAGUAUGAAAACUUAGCACAAGAAAGUAAAAAUAACGACGCAGCCAUGCAAAAGGCAAUGAAAAGCGCAGAAUAUAUAAAAGCUAAUAAUGACUGGUUAGACGCCCAAGCCAACGCUAAAGCAGCCCAACUUAUAGGGUCAAUAAGGACAAAAAUACAAGCGGAUGAAGACAGUUCAAAUGAAGCUUUAAUGAAUGCUGACUUUAAGAACGCCUUCGAAGCUCUUCAUAGUAAGGUGAAACUAGUGAACGACUUCUCAUCUGGAAAGAAACUGAAGUCUGAAGGUUUCGACAAAGAGUUAAGAGAAGUAGCACAAAAUAUGACGAAAAUAACAGAUGCAGCAACGAGACAGGCAGUUCAAAGUGCCUAUGACGCCGUUAGAGCAACUGUUGUGGAAAGUCAAGAAAAAGAGUUACAACAGACCAAAACAGACCUAGUAAAUGCUUUCUUAAAAACGAAAAGUCAGGUAGGACAUUAUGCUGCAGAUGGAACAUAUGUGCCAGCUGGUGGAACUUAUAUACCAGCUGGUGGAACUUAUAUACUAGCUAGUGGAACUUAUAUACCACCAAACCCUCCAAGAGAAGCACCUGCACCAGGACUACCUAAAACAUUUACAUCGUCACAUGGACACAGACACAGGCAUGCACCAAAACCAACACAACAACCAACACAACAACCAACAGUUCAAAACACUGCACCACAACCAACAGUUCAAAACACUGCACAGCAACCAACA